UUCUUACUUGCAUAAGUUAAAUCUAAUAUUAUAUUGAGCUUUAUUGAUUUCAUUCAUGAAUACUCAACGGGAUUCAUCUUCCCACUUGUCUUAUGAUGUUUUCAGAGGUGAAGAUACUCGCAAAAACUUCACGAGUCAUCUUUAUUUUCGAUUAUGUCAAGUUGGAGUGAAUACUUACAUAGAUGAUGAGGAAUUGAGAAAGGGAGACGUCAUUUCAAACGAACUUGACAAAGCAAUUGAACAAUCUAGAAUUUCCAUUGUUGUUUUCUCAAAAAAUUAUGCUUCGUCUAGUUGGUGUCUUGAUGAACUUGUAAAAAUUCUCGAAUGCAGAGCGAAGUUAAAUCAGGUCGUUUUGCCUAUUUUCUAUGACGUUGAUCCUUCUCAAGUGCGAAAGCAAUCUGGAUCCUUUGGAGAAGCUUUCGCAAAACAAAAGCAACGAUUAUUUGGAGCUGAAAUAAUGGAAAAGUGGAAAGCAGCACUCACUGAAGCUGCAAAUUUAUCUGGAUGGGAUUUGCGAAAUAUUGCUGAUGGGCAUGAAUCAAAAUUUAUUGAAAGUAUUAUAAAACAAGUUCUUCAAGAGGUCAACCAGACACCUCUAGAUGUUGCUCAUUACCCAAUUGGAUUAGAUUCUUCUAUCCAACAUCUAGAGUUGUUACUUCAAAGUGGAUGUGAGCAUGAAGUUCGUAUGGUCGGUAUAUGUGGCGUUGGUGGUAUUGGAAAAACAACUCUGGCAAAAGCCAUCUACAAUCGAAUAUUUCAGCAGUUUGAUGGUAGUUGCUUCCUCUCAGACGUUAGAUCAAAAACUGAAGAAUUUGGUCUAGUCAAACUUCAAGAGAAACUACUUAAUCAAAUCCUCAAAAGUAAGGAAUUUGAAGUUGAUAGUGUUGCUGAAGGUGUUAAUCUCAUCAAAGCGAGACUUGGGUCUCAGAAGGUUCUAAUUGUUCUUGAUGACGUAGAUCAUAGAAGCCAAUUAGAAUCGUUAGCAAGAGAAAAAAGUUGGUUUGGCUCUGGUAGUGCAAUAAUUAUUACAACCCGAGACGAGCAUUUGCUGUAUGGGCUUGGAACAAGUGAGAUAUACCAGGCCAAACUUUUAACUGACAACGAAGCUCAACAACUUUUUUCGCGUCAUGCUUUCAACAGUUUGUCUCCACCACAAGAAUACGAUGAGCUGGCACAAGACGUAAUACAGUAUUCAGGUGGGUUACCAUUAGCUCUUGUGACAUUAGGGUCACAUUUCCAAGGGAGAUCCAUAGAGGAAUGGAGACACGAGUUCAAAAAACUAAGAGCAAUUCCUCAUUGUGAUAUUCAAAAGAUUCUCAAAAUAAGCUUUGAUGGACUUGAUGACAAUACUCAGAGUGUUUUCCUUGAUAUAACAUGCGCCUUCCAUGGAUGUUACGAGGAUGAAGUGACCAAAACAUUGAAUGCGUGUGGUUUUUAUACUGAAAGUGCAAUUUCGACCUUAGUCCAAAGGAACUUGCUCCAAAGGGAUUGCCGUUAUUUGGUGAUGCAUGAUCUAGUGCGGGAUAUGGGAAGAGAAAUCGUUCGAUUGGAAUCACCUCGAGACUCAGGAAAACGGAGUAGAUUGUUCAACCCUCAAGAAGUCCGUGAUGUUCUACAAGGAAAUAAAGGUUCUGAAAAUGUAGAAGUACUGGUGGUAGAACGACGGGCAUUAAAGGGUGUGAAGCUGAGCAUCAAAGCAUUUCAGAAAAUGAUAAAUCUUAGGGUGCUUAAAAUCGACGACUUAUAUAUUAGUGGAGAUUUUGAGCUAUUAUCCAAGGAGCUCAGAUGGUUGUCUUGGAAAGGAUGUCCUUUAAAAUACAUACCAUCAAAUUUUCCAGCUGAAAAGCUUGUAGUUCUGAAUAUGGAAGGGAGCGAUGUCCAAGACUUUGGUUUGAAUUUGCAGUGUUGUAGAAGUUUGAAGGAGCUGAAUCUCUCUGAUUGCAAGCGCCUCAGAAGUACUCCAAACUUCAGCGGUUCUAGAAGUCUCAAGAUUUUGUCGUUUGAGAAUUGCUCAAGUCUAAAGGAGAUCCAUCCAUCAAUAGGAAAUUUGGAAAGUCUAAUUGAACUUCAAUUGAGUGGUUGCAAAAAGAUUACGGAUCUUCCGAGCAGCAUAUGCCAGCUAAAAUCCCUUGAAUACUUGUGCAUUAAUGACUGCUUAUCUUUACAAACACUUCCAGUUGACAUUGGAGAUAUGCAAAACCUAGUAAUUCUUCAUGCAUGGUGUACAGGGAUAAAACAAUUGCCAGUAUCUGUUGAAAUGCUAAGAAAUCUUGAACAUUUGCAAAUGGGAAGUCGAAAUUUAGAGGCCAAAAGGAGUUUUUCUCGAAGAAGAAGAAGAGUCCGCCGCAUAGAAUCCUUGCCAAUUUUUAUUUUUCAUUUAAGCCUUCCAUAUUUUGGUUUCUCCGAGCAUGAUAUUCCUAGAGAUAUUGGAAGAUUAUCCAACUUACGUUAUUUAGAUUUGAGGGGCAACAAUUUCCUCUAUCUACCCUUUGAUUUUUCCAAAUUACCGUUGUUGAUUUCCUUGUUUUUGAAUGAUUGUAAGCAUCUUCAAACACUCCCAUCACUAUCAAAUUUAGACUACCUUGAAAAUCUUUAUCUUAGUAAUUGCCAAAAACUGGUCAAGAUUACAGGGUUGGACUACCUCCCGUCAAUAAAGAAGAUCAACAUGAUUGAUUGUACUUCCCUGCAGAAUCAAUUCAAUGAAGGCUUCUUUAGUGCCAUUGCUCUAUCAAUUCCGUCUAUAAAAUAUGCAGAUAUUAAGCUGCAGUUACAAAUUUAUGUCGAAAGCAAUGAGAUUCCAGAUUGGUGCAACAAUAAAGUAACAGCUUCAUCUAUUUGUUUGACUAUGCCCACAGUACAGAAUAAUGAGUAUAACUUCUUCGGAAUGGUUCUCUGGUUUGUUUCCCACUUUUGCAAUGUAACCACCCGUCUUCAAAAGUUUGAUGUUACUAUUGACGAGCCUUCAGGUUUUUUCUGGAAUUGGAGUUUCUAUGUACCUGAGAGUCAGGGAGAAGUAUCAUGUGUAUAUUACUUCUCUUUCUCAAAUGGUAGACCUUUUAAUGACCUGGACAUCAUCAAAGGCGGGGAACAGCUACGAGUAGAGGAUGGCAGUGACGGAGGCAUAAUAAAGAAGAUAGGAGUACAUCUGUUAUAUUUAGAUCAACAUGGUAAUGUUACUUCUUUCCCGGCAGUUGUGGAUGAUUCUUAUACUCCCAAGUCCCAACCCACAAAGAUCGAUCUUUGAUUUGGGCUGAUAUAAAUUUUUAAGCUGACAAAAUGUUGACAAGCAAACUACAUAUUAUAAUUUUCAGCGCCUCAUACUAUAUCAAUCAUGAAAUUUUCAGUGAAA